AUUUUUCCUUCAAAAAUCAUGGAUGAAAUUUGCUCGAAACCGAAACCACCACAAGAUGCCCAAAAGGAAGUCAAAGAAAUAGGCUUUGAGAAGCAGUUUUCAGUGCCUGUGAAUGGCAUACCCACGGAAAUCGUCUACCAUCGCUUUGGACGCAAGCGGCUGCUGGUCAUCACGCAGCUGGGCAAGAUUGCCGGGAUCUACAAUGUGAGCUUCGAUAUCAGCAACAAUCCCGCAAUGCUCAAGCCCGUGAAAAAUCCGGACUUCCACAUCUCGGUGCCGAUAACCAUCCAAAGCUGUCUGGGAGUAGACACGGUCGACACCGAUUGUGCCAUACAAUUUUUGGUCAAUAACACCAAGCUUUGGGAAUCGCCAAUGGACUUCGUUAUUUGCCUGGGCCUGAAGGUGAUCGAUACCCCCCUGCUGCACGCCCUCGCCAAAGUGCUGGACGAGGUUGUCCUUUAGCUUACAAAUAUACAUUACUACAGCUUAAUAAACGUCAUAGACCAGAA